AUGGUGUUGCCACCACUCGCGCCUGGCGAAUACAUCCUCCUUGGUCGUGUUCGCAUCCCGCCUCGCCACGUGGACGACGUGAUUGUGCAGUACGAUCUGCGCCGAGUCGUUGUACACACUUCAUGCCUGGCCAAAGCCGAGAUUCGUUCGCCCAGGAACGGGCAAGCGGUUGACCGGUACUUCACCGUGGUGCCAAAGAUUAUCUUGUCGAAAGCGCAUCCAGUGGAUUUUCCAGUCGACACGAAAGUCUGCCUUCAAGUCGACGGCGAAUUCCACUCGUGCAUCAGUGCCGGCACUUUUCGCGUGCGCGUUCCAACAGCAAAAACAGCACGUUUGUUCCUCUCGGUGCAGUCGAGCAGCACCCCCCCGCUAUCGAUUUGUCAUGACUUGAUUGAAGUCCACACCACCGACCCAGCAAUCGUGCCGCAAUCGUGGCCACGCCUUUUACACCGCUUUGACAUCGUGGCAGUGGCUCCGUCGACUCACACCUUGGUGCUGUCACCUUCCGUCGCGGUGGCGUACGCGUCACCAUCGACCCUGUCGUGUCCGCUCGUAUAUGCGCAUGUUCCCGAGCAGGAGCUUCUCUCCGUCGCGAUUGUGGACUCGUGGAAUGGAAAGAUCGACUGGAAUCGGUACAUCUCGACCGAGUGGGGUGAGUUCCUCUCGCAUGCAGUUGACAGUCCGCUGUCGUAUACUCGUGUGUCGAUCGCGCAGCUUGUUGCCGCGAUCGCGCGCCAGGACACGGUUCUCGACGUCAUUGUACACUUUGAAGCCCCCACGCCGUCCGACUGGAUAGCUCUACAACGAAGCCUCGCAUCCCACCGUCACCAACGUCCGCGACAAUUCCUUUUCUGCGACGACUUGCACAAUUGCCGCUUGCAUCGCCGCGACGCGGACGUAUUUGUGCGUCCGUUUUUUCACUCGUUGGAUGGGUUCAUUGGGACAUAUGCGUACGCGAUGAAGGCCUUCUUUGAGCCUUCCUACUGGCAACACCUGCGCACGAUUGCCUGGCUUCCCCACGCGGCCAACUCUGCGUUUCAAUAUGACAACAUACAUCCGGCCCCUGUCACCCGCGUCCUUCUUGUGGGCGCCGCAAAUGCAGAAUUUUACCCCCUACGCGCAUGGGCGCAAAAGCAAGUUGGAAAGCUUCCACUGGACGUCCAUCCGCAUCCUGGUUACGAAGGCUACGCAUCCGACACAGAAGCCUUGGCGCAAACCACGUCGUAUGCUCGGCUCGUGCAUUCGUAUGUGGCCACAUUCACGUGCACAUCGCGACUGGAUUUUGUUGUCGCCAAAAUCUUUGAGAUUCCUGCGACAGGAUCGUUGCUGCUUAUCAAUCACGACGUGGCCGACUUGAUGGCACGCUUGGGCUUUGCCGAUGGAACGCACUACAUCGGGUAUGACCCCCAUGACCCCUCAGCCGCGAUACUUUACGUCGUGAACCCCCUCUAUCGACGCCGCAUCGAUCGAAUACGUCGAGCAGGUCAGCGCCUCGUGCGGGAGCGCCAUACAACUUGGCAUCGCGUAAAUGAGCUGACCAGCUUGCUGCGACCAAACACAACUCCUGCUUGGGCCAUGGAUGAUCUCGAGUCGCGCACACCCUGCCGUGUUGAAUACGCGGGGGAGAACUCCUCUACGUGCCUCAGAUUUCACGCCAGCGUUCUCGCUUCCUCGUGUUGUGCUGUCGACUCUGUGUGA